GCCCUGGUGUGGGGAACCUGGGGCCGCCUGAGAUGCGAAUGUGGGGAGGAAUCCCGCGGAAGAAAUAGUGCAGGGCCCUGGAGGGAAAGGAAUGGCUUAGCUAAGGAUGGGGAACCAGGUGGGGGCGGAGGGGGGCAAAUAGGCGGGGCUCUGGCGCAUGCUCAGUUGGAAAGGGUGCAGGGUGGGGUGAGAACGCAUGCGUAGUGGGAUCUCCUGGGGCGGGGAGGAAUGGACGGAAUUUGGAGAACCACGUGGGGAAAGGAUGGUGAUUCCUUCGCUGAAGCUUCAAGAUCUAAUCGAGGAGAUUCGUGGGGCCAAGACCCAGGCCCAGGAGAGGGAAGUGAUCCAAAAAGAGUGCGCCCACAUCCGUGCCUCCUUCCGUGAUGGGGACCCUCUGCAUAGGCACCGCCAGCUGGCCAAACUGCUCUAUGUCCACAUGUUGGGCUACCCUGCCCACUUUGGACAGAUGGAGUGCCUGAAACUCAUCGCAUCCCCCAGGUUCACAGACAAGAGGGUGGGCUACCUGGGGGCCAUGCUUCUACUGGAUGAGAGGCAGGAUGCCCACCUGCUCAUUACCAACAGCAUCAAGAAUGACUUGAGCCAGGGGAUGCAGGCAGUACAAGGCCUGGCCCUGUGCACUCUGAGCACCAUGGGCUCUGCUGAGAUGUGCCGGGACCUGGCCACUGAGGUAGAGAAACUGCUCCGGGAGCCCAGCCCCUAUGUGCGCAAGAAGGCUGUUCUGACUGCAGUGCACAUGAUCCGGAAGGUCCCUGAGCUCUCCGACAUCUUCCUCCCACCCUGUGCCAAACUGCUUCAUGAACGCCACCACGGCGUCCUGCUGGGCACCAUCACGCUGAUCAUGGAGCUCUGCGAACGAAGCCCUGCAGCCCUCAAGCACUUUCAAAAGGUGGUGCCCCAGCUGGUGCAGAUCCUCCGGACCCUGGUGACGACGGGAUACUCCACAGAACACAGCAUAUCUGGAGUCAGCGACCCCUUCCUACAGGUCCAGCUACUUCGUCUGCUUCGGAUUCUGGGCCGGAACCACGAGGAGAGCAGUGAGAGCAUGAAUGACUUGCUGGCCCAGGUGGCCACUAACACAGACACCAGCCGAAACGCGGGCAGUGCGGUCCUGUUUGAGACUGUGCUCACCAUCAUGGACAUCCGCUCUGCAGCUGGCCUGCGGGUUCUAGCUGUCAACAUUCUUGGCCGCUUCCUGCUCAACAGUGACAAGAAUAUUAGGUACGUAGCCCUGACGUCAUUGCUGCGGCUGGUGCAGUCUGAUCACAGUGCUGUGCAGCGGCACCGGCCCACCGUGGUGGAAUGUCUGCGGGAACCUGACGCCUCCCUCAGCCGGCGGGCCCUGGAACUGAGCCUGGCUCUAGUGAACAGCUCCAACGUGCGAGCCAUGACACAAGAGCUUCAGGGCUUUCUCGAGUCCUGUCCCCAUGACCUACGGGCUGACUGUGCCUCAGGCAUCCUGCUGGCAGCAGAGAGGUUUGCCCCAACCAAGCGGUGGCACAUAGACACCAUCCUGCGUGUGCUGACAACGGCAGGCUCCCAUGUGCGGGAUGAUGCCGUGGCCAACCUGACCCAGCUGAUUGGUGGAGCCCAGGAGCUACAUGCUUACUCUGUACGCCGCCUCUACAGUGCCUUGGCACAGGACAUCUCCCAGCAACCGCUGGUGCAAGUGGCAGCCUGGUGCAUCGGGGAAUAUGGGGACCUUCUGCUAGAAGGGAGCUGCGAGGAAACUGAGCCCUUUCAGGUGGAGGAAGAAGAGGUGUUGGCGUUAUUGGAAAGGGUGCUACAGUCCCAUAUGUCCCUGCCGGCCACCCGAGGAUACGCCCUCACAGCCCUCAUGAAGCUCAGCACCCGGCUCCGUGGGGACAACAACCGCAUCCGCCAGGUGGUGUCCAUCUACGGGAGCUGCUUGGACGUGGAGCUGCAGCAGCGGGCUGUGGAGUACAACACACUCUUCCGGAAGUACGACCACAUGAGGGCUGCCGUCCUGGAAAAGAUGCCUCUUGUAGAGCGAGGUGUCUCUCAGUUUGAAGAAGAAGCAAAGGAAAGCAAAGAAGUAACCCGGCUUUUGGAAGCAGCCCCUGUCCCCACAGAGCCCCAGGCCUCAAAGCUCUUGGAUCUGUUAGAUCUCCUAGAUAGCCCUUCUGGGCAUGUCCAGCAGCGUCCCCCUCCGGAUCCCUCCCCAGAAGGCACUUUAAUACACCUGCUUGACCUCCCCUGUGCUCCCUCAGCCGCAGACCGUAAGCUCCAACAGGGGCCUCAUCUUCUUGUCCACUUUGUCACUAGCGUCUCAGGCAGUGCUCUGCACCUAAUGGCUCCCAUCCCAAAUCUCAAAGUGUUUGAGCGUGAAGGACUACAGCUGAUUCUGUCUUUUGCUCGACCCCCUGGAACUCCUGCUUUGCUCUUAAUCACUGUCACCGCUACCAACAUCUCAGAGGGUGAUGUCACCCACUUCAUCUGCCAGGCUGCUGUGCCCAAGAGUUUCCAGCUGCAGCUACAGGCCCCCAGUGGGGACACAGUUCCAGCUCAGGGUGGCCCUCCAGUGACCCAGCUCCUCAGAAUCCUCAAUCCUAAUAAGGCCCCCUUGCGGCUAAAGCUGCGCCUCACCUACAAUCACUUUGGCCACUCGGUGCAGGAGAUCUUUGAGGUGAACAACUUGCCGGAGGAGACAUGGCAGUAGCUCAGCCUCCACUAACAGCCUGAAAUCCUACUGUGUCCCAAACUCCUGGGGCCCCAGCUACUUGGAGCCUACGUCUGAGGACUACCAGCAGGUGGCGCUCUGGUCCUGUGGUUGCCACUACAAAAACCCCAGGCCUGCUCCCCUCCCCAACAAAUGAAAGCCCAAUAAAGCCUGAGGGGGGAAAGCCA